AUGCAAGCAGACGGUCGUAUGGUGAGCCAAGGUCUUCAACCCCGGUAUUCGGGGAUCUUUGUUGCUUUAAAACAGAUUUUUCAUGCAGAAGGGUUUGGAGGACUUUGGAAAGGCGUUUUUCCAAAUGUCCAAAGAGCAUUUUUAGUAAACAUGGGAGAGUUAGCUUGUUAUGAUCAUGCGAAACGUUUAGUUAUCAAAAAUCAGAUCUGUAAUGAUAAUAUUUAUGCCCACACUCUAUCUUCGAUUAUGUCUGGUCUAUCGGCUACUGCAUUGAGUUGUCCGGCAGAUGUAGUUAAGACAAGAAUGAUGAAUCAGGCUGUCAACGAUGAAAACAAGGUUAAAUAUAAGAAUUCUUAUGAUUGUCUUGUGAAGACUGUUAGAAUUGAAGGAUUGAGGGCUCUGUGGAAGGGAUUUUUUCCUACGUGGGCUAGGCUUGGUCCUUGGCAAUUUGUAUUUUGGGUCUCAUAUGAGAAAUUCCGACAGAUUGCAGGGCUAAAAUCCUUCUGA